AGACAUUCGAAAGCUAUCAAAGCAUAAAAUAUUCGGAAUUCGACAUUUUGCGACUCGUCUAAACAAUGACGGAGCGACCCUCUUUUUCCCGACAGAGGCGGCCAGCGCGCAUAGCUGAUCAUGAAACGGACUCAUUGUACACGGUUGAUUCAUCAUCGACGAUGCCUUGUUUUGGAAGCAGGGGCCGCUGCCAAAUACUACUGACAUCCACAAUAUCAUCAUAUAUUCUAAGGAUGGUAUAGCGACGAUCGACCAAACCUCUUCAGACCUUAGAAGAAACAGGCGAAUUCGAGUCGUUCCCAUGGCUCAGAUCGACAUGUCUCUCGUUCGCACCUGGGUUCAGCAAUGUGAUCAAAGUCGAGAACACCGCUGUUCUCGGACUUCCCUUACAUCUAGGUGGCCCACAGACUUCAAAGUUACGCUUAUCGACGUUCAUCGCCAUUGCAUCACUCAAGUAGAUCCCACUCGGCACCGCUUUAGAUAUCUUGCUCUAAGCUACGUAUGGGGCAAGAUAUCACAGCUAGAGCUCACUAAAAACAACAUUGCAACUCUCGCGGAUGAUGAAUCACUUACUCGCCUCUCCGAUUCUCUACCCCAGGUGAUCAAAGACGCCAUGACCGUAGUGUAUAAGCUCGGCGAACGAUACUUAUGGGUAGAUUCCCUAUGUAUUGUACAGGACGAUUCAGAGGUCAAGCAUGACCUGAUUUCCCGCAUGGCAAACAUUUAUGACAACGCAUACUUAACGAUUUGCGCUGUUGAUGGCGUCCAUGCUAACGUAGGGCUCCCGGGUGUUCGACCCUUCACGCGAGUUUUCGAUAGUAUUGGCGAAACGACUAGACUGCGCAUCGCUCGCCGACCUUCUAGGCUCUCUAAAGUUGUCUUCAGCUCGUACUAUAACGAUCGUGGAUGGACAUUCCAAGAGAGGCUUUUGUCCCGAAGGUGUCUCUACUUCACUAAAGAGCAAGUGUACUUUCAAUGCAAGUCGAACAUCUAUUGUGAAGACCGCUAUGAGCGUCGGCUUCCAACUGAUGGAUGGCGGGGAGGGCAUGUCCAUGAAGACAUUAGGUUGUUAAGUCCCUUGCGAAGUCCCUUGCGAGGUGACUUUCCCGCAUAUUCCCGAAUUGUUUCUGAGUACACCGCCAAAUCGCUUUCUUUUACGUCCGAUAAACUCAACGCGAUCACUGGUGUUUUGUAUUCCUUGAGAUUAUCUAACGGAUGGCAAUUUCUCUACGGAAUCCCGGUCACCCUCCUUGGUCUGUCGCUUAUAUGGGUUCCUACGGGCCAAGCGCGACGGCAUAUCGAAAGAGAACCUCUGAACAUGUUCCCCAGCUGGUCGUGGAUAGGAUGGGAAGGGGUCGUCGACUACAACAUCAUGCUUACUGGUGAGGAAUGGACCGAGCGGCCUAAAAUGAACACAUGUAUCGUCUUGAGCGCCGUCGAGGUCCUUGGCGCUGAAGUAACGUAUAAAGAAUCGAUCGCUCUUGCUCCGGAUUUGGCUCUUCCUGGACCAAACUCCCCACUCUGCCAUUACCCAAGCGGGAGAACGAAUGUGCUGCACCUUUGGGGACCCGUUGCAGCAGCGACCGAAUUCACUUUUGAUAUGUUCUUUCCAAAUCCUACACGUCUUGGAAAACUUCCAUGCAACAUAGCGCAUCCUAUUGUCAGAGUGCGAGAUCAUCAUGGUCGAUGUUGCGGGGCCAUCUAUGGGGUAGAUAGUGAGGAUAUAUCAACGUUUCGAUCCCGGGAGUGCGGACUGGUUCUAAUCUCGGAGACUAGUCAUGUUCAACAUCUCCAAUUCAGCGAGAGUGGGCUCUCUAUCCCGGCAUAUGAUGCUCAGCACUUUCAUACUCGGUACUCCCAUAAUGAUGGAUGCAGCGUGUAUAACGUAAUGCUCGUGGCAUUCGAAGAGGAACUUUCCCACUUCUGCGAGCGCCUAGCAGUUGGUCAGAUACACGCUGAUGCCUGGAGCAAUCGUGAUGCAAAUUAUAUGUACAUACAUCUAGUUUGAGCCUUCAUCUCGUGACCAGGAUCGACGUAUUUGGAACGUUUCAUUCAUGUUAUCUUCUUCUUGCCUUUAGUCAGCCUUAUAAUUACAGUUUAUUUCAACA